GCAAUGGGUGGUGGACUGGUGGAGAGGAAGAGAAACUGGGAACUUAGGGUUUUUAAUUCUUUAUACAGCGAAGCUGAUGCUUUAAGUGCCGCGUAAAAAUCCUAACAUUGCUUACUGAACCGGAAGAGAAGAGGUUUGGGGGUCAGCGAUUCUAGGGUUUGUGUUUGAAGGAGAUUUCACGAUUCGUGGGUCUUAAUACAGGCUAUUGAGCCGGGGUGGUCGUGUUUUUGGAAACCAUUGAGAUACAUACCGAGGGGGAAAUGCGGGAAUCAAAGCUCGAAUUUGGUUGCAGAUCUAUGGAGAUGAUUGGAAACGUAGUUCAUCUACGAAGAAAGAGAAAGGCAAACGAUGCAGGGAACAUUAAGGUGGCAUCCCCUCUAACCUUGAUCCUUUGAUGUUGUUGUAUUUACAUCAACCAAAAAGAAAAAUGGAAGUGUUGUGAUGUAUUUUGCAUUUAGAGAAAAGGAAGCAUGGCAAGAAGAUCUUAUUGAAACCCCCUCUAAUCUUGAUCUUCUGAUGUUGUAGUUUAUGUAUCAACCAAAAAGAAAAAUGUAAGUGGUGUAAUGUAUUAUGCAGUUAGAAAAAAGAAAGCUUGAGAAGAUCUGUGGAUAGGGUUGUAGGAUUUUUUACUUUUGAUAUAUAGUUUCCUAAUUCUUCUUGGGUAUCUGAACUUAGAAACCGAAAGGGAAAGGGUUUUUGGUUCCCAAAGCUUUUCUGAGUUUUAGUCAAUACUCUGAGACUUGGCAGAUAUGGGUGAGCAGAGUGAUGUGAGGGGGAAUUUUUGGUCUAACGAGGAAGAAAAGGCCAUGGCGGAAGCUGUUUUGGGUGCUGAAGUCUGUGACUUCUUGACUUCCCCAAGCUAUGUUUCGCCAGACUUGGUUACAACGGCAAGCGACAAAAGUGUGCAGCAGGAGCUCUGCCAGCUUGUUGAAGGUUCGAACUGGACCUACGCCAUUUUCUGGCAGCUCUCAAGGUGUAAAUCUGGUGAGUUAGCCUUGAUAUGGGGAGAUGGACACUGCAGAGAACCCAAGAGAGACGAAAGAGAAGAAGAUGGGACCUCGGGGAAUUCUGAAUCACAUAAGGUUGAAGGAGGAGAGAAAGAGCAGGAGAUGAGGAAGCUGGUGCUUCAGAAGCUUCACUCCUUUGGUGGAUCAAAGGAAGAUAGCUAUGCUGCACGGUUGGAUUGUGUAUCGGAUGUAAAGAUGUUCUACCUUACAUCAAUGUAUUAUUCAUUCAAAUAUGAUGCCCAGGCUGGUCCUGCACUUUCGUUUGCCUCCCGUAGACCACUUUGGGUUGUGGACCAGAAGGUUUGUGCAGAUUAUUAUCAGUCAAGAUCAUAUCUGGCAAAAUCAGCUGGCUUUAGGACCCUGGUUUAUGUUCCAAUCGAUUCAGGGGUGGUGGAACUUGGUUCGGUUAAAUCACUCCAAGAAGAUCAAAAUGGCUUGCAGAUGAUUAAAACUUUACUUGGGGAUUCCAGUACUCGUCAGUCAACACCAAUGUCAACUGCAACAACGGCUCCUAAGAUCUUUGGCCAUGACCUUAGUCUGGGCAGCUCAAAAUCUCGUUCAAUCACUAUUAAUUUCUCUCCAAAGGUGGAAGAAGAUGAUGAGGGUUUCCAAUUAGAAUCCUACAGAGUGCAAGCAGCAGUCUCUAGACAUGGUAAAACCAUAGCUAUGAGCAAAGAAAUGGGUGCUAAUCGAGUUGUUGGAACUUUCCCCAAUGGCUGUAGAAGUGAAGAAAAUGAAGUUAAACUGUUUGCACAGCCUAGGCAGAUGAUCAUUGGGGCUCUAACCCAUUCAAGGGUUGUUGAACAAUCCAAGGAUGACAUGUUGCCUCGGCCUGAUGAGCGAAAACCUAGGAAAAGAGGGAGAAAGCCUGCUAAUGGGAGAGAGGAGCCAUUGAACCAUGUGGAAGCAGAGAGGCAAAGGCGGGAGAAACUUAAUCAGCGGUUUUAUGCAUUAAGAGCGGUUGUUCCCAACAUCUCAAAGAUGGACAAGGCCUCGUUGCUUGGAGAUGCCAUUACCCAUAUCACUGAUCUCCAAAUGAAGAUUAGGGUAUUGGAAGCUGAAAGGGAGAUGGUGAAUGGCAACCAAAAGCAAUUACCUGCUCCGGAUAUUGAUGUUCAGACAAGGAAUGAGGACACUGUUGUUCGUGUGAGCUGCCCUCUAGAUUCACACCCUGUCUCUAAAGUUAUUAAGGCAUUUAGAGAAAAUGAAGUUAUGGUUCAAGAAUCUAAUGUUUCAACCACGGACAAUGAUUCAUUGCUUCAUACGUUCUCCAUCCGUACUCAAAAUGGUACAAGUGAACAUUUGAAGGAGAAGUUAGUUGCUUCCCUUUCAAGAUGACCUGAUUAUAAAAUUGUACUUGUAAGAUGAGUUUCAGUGCAUCUCACUUUUUUUUUUUUUUUUUUAAAUUUUAUUGUUGGCCACUCCAAAGUGGCAAUUCCUGGUAUUGGAAUUGCUUGUACUGUACUAUGAAUGAAGUGUUUAUCAUCUAAUAUAUUUGUGUGUCCAGCCUUUGCUGAGACUGUU